UGGUUCUAUCGUGAAAACUUACCGAUUUCAAUGACACCGAAUGAGCAAAUAAAGGAAAUUGUCAAAAAUACUCUUCCUCAAACACACUAUGACAUCAAAGGUUGCACAAUACUUACAUUCAAAGAAGACUUAACAUUACUGAAGGAAAAAAUAACAGAAUAUUUCGAUAACUUCAAAGAGGAAGAAUGA